CAUGAGAAAGGGAAAAAAUGCAUCUUACAAACCUAGAACUAGAGAAAGAAGUUUUAAAAUAAAACCAACAAAUAAUAUUGAUAUGGUCCCCAACCAACAAAUAAUGUCUACUAUGAGAUCUACCGAAAUAAUAUAUGGAAGCCCUGCAAAAACUUUACCGUAUGAUGCCGGAAUGAAUUUGACACUUGGAAAAACUUCCCCACAGGUGGAAACAUAUAAAGAAAUAAGAGCAAAAGAAAAGAAUCAAAUGCGAGAUCUUAAUACCAGAUUAGCACAUUAUAUUGAAAUUUCACGAUACAACGAAGCACUUAACAAAAAAUUAAGAGAAGCAAUAGAAAAAUUAAAAAAAUUACCGAGCAGAGAUUGUGAUAAUCUAAAAAAAAUGUAUGAAAUAGAAAUGGGACAGAUAAAAAAACUUAUUGAUGAAUGCGAAAAUGAAAAAAAUAAAGCGCAAUGUGCAAUCGAUGAUGAUCAAGAUAUUUUGAACGAAUUCCAAGAAAGAUUGAAAGAAUGCCAAGAAAUUGAUGAAGAUAACCGAGAGAGAAUAAGACAGCAAAAUGACAAUUUAGCAGACUAUGAAUCAAGAUUAGCCCGGCUUCAGAGAGAAAUAGAUAUGGAAAAUGAGGAUAAAAUGAAAAAUAAAGAAAUAAUUGAUAAUCUUCGUAACAAUUUGAAUAGAACAAAAAAUGAAAUUACAAACGAAACAUUUGCUCGCAUUGAAAGCCAAAAUCAAUAUCAAAUCCUCAAAGACGAACUUGAUUUACAAAAAGAACUUAAUGAAAAGGAACUUGGAGCUGUUAAAUUUGUUCCUUUUGAAGAUAGAAUAAAUCAAUCAAGAGAUUGGUGGUCAAAUGAAUUUUCCAAAUGUAUACAAGAUAUUCAAGAAGAAUAUGAAACACGAUUAUCGUCAAUUAGAAACGAGCUUCAGUCAAAUUAUGCAUGCAAGGUUCACGAGAUUCAAACUUCAGCAGCACGAAUAAACACCGAGUCAGCCACAAUGAAAAAUAAAUACUCUGUUCUUAAAGAUUCGUCAGUGAAGCUUAGAAGUAAUUUAAAUGAAACAAGACAAGAGAAUUUGUUAUUAACAACUCAAAAUGAAGAAUUACAAAACGAAUUUAAUCAGUUACAGUCUGAUUAUGACCAAUUAAUAUUUGAAAAAAACGAGGAAAUGAAUGAAAUCAGGCAAGAAUUAGAAAAAACAUUAUCUGAGCUUCAAAACAUUAUGGAAAAUAAUAUGACUCUAAAGUUUGAAAUAGAUUCAUACAUGUCAUUGUUAGAACAGGAAGAAAUUAGAAUGGGAAUUAAUAUAAAUGAAAAUAGGCAGUCGUUCCUCUGCAGAAAUAAUUCAAUACAUGAAAAAAAAAAAUCAAACUUCAAAUGUCAUCUGCAAAACUCAGAUUUUCAAGUACAAACUUCAAACGACUUCAGGCCCCAGCCGUCCCCUGACACCCUCGCUCUCAAUCCUUUUGCUGUCUCGGAAACUCUUGUACUGAAAGCCCUGAGGGACUUUUCACCUGGAAGCAGUGGUGGUGUAGAUGGUCUGAGACCAGGUCAUCUGAAAGACCUGACAUCUCCCACUACCGCCGAAGCAAGUCGAAAACUCCUGCGCUCAAUUACCAACCUGUGCAACCGCUUCAUCUCCGGUUCCAUCCCCGAUUUUGCUCGUGAUAUUUUCUUUUCCGCCAACCUUACUGCCCUUGGGAAAAAGGACAACGGCGUGAGGCCCAUCGCCGUGGGCAAUAUUUUCCGGAGGCUCUCCGCUAAACUUCUGUGUCGAGCCAUUGUUCCCUGCUUGUCCUCGAAGUUUCUGCCUGUCCAACUCGGGGUUGGCGUUCCUAACGGCUGCGAAGCUGCUGUCCACUCAAUUCGUGAUUUAACUGAAUCAUUUGAGGAGUUUAUUGUGGUCAAAUUGGACGUUUCCAACGCAUUCAAUUCCAUCAGACGGGACCACCUUCUGGAGUGCUGUCGUGAAUUAGUCCUUUUCGCCUAUCCCCUUGUGCAUCUCUUAUAUGCUUGCUCAAGUAUCCUUAUGUUCAACGAUAUACCUAUUUCUUCGUCUACCGGGGUUCAGCAGGGUGACCCCCUGGGCCCUGUUCUUUUCGCCUUGGGCGUUAAUAAUAUUGCCCACUCUGUCCGUUCCCCAAUUAACAUUUGGUACCUUGAUGAUGCGACCAUUUGUGGCCCUCCCGAUGUUGUUUUUGACGACCUCCGUUUCAUUAUUCCUUCCCUCUCGGCCAUUGGCCUUUCUAUAAACGACAACAAAUCCGAAGUGGUGAACAUCAAUCUUAACCCAAAUACAUUCACUGUUGCAACUUCCACGUGCCAAAAUAUCCUUUCUGACGUCCAAGUCACCGACAAGUCCAAUUUGAUGAUUCUCGGUGCUCCCAUGGGUCCUUCUGCCCUUGAAGACACGUUGUCUUGCAAAAUCUCUAAUCUUUCCAAGAUGAUCGAGAAGCUCAAAGACAUCGAGCCUCAUGUAGCUUUCUUCCUACUGCGGAAUUACUUUUCCAUGCCUAAGGUCCUUUACACAUUAAGGUGUGCUCCCUGUUUCAAAAGAGACGACCUUCUGUCAAAUCUGGAUAAUAUCCUCAGGCUCGCCUGGAGUACUUUUAAAACAGAAGUAAAAAAAUGCCAAGAGAAAAAAUGUCAAAAAUUCUCAAUUAUAAAAAAACUCCGGAUGGUAUUCCAAUUUCUGAAUAUAGGAUAA